AUGGAUCAGCAGGCUACCCUCAAGAAGUUGGCUCGGAUGAGUUGGGUUUUCUCUGUGCUCAGACUUCGUGGUAUGGAAAUAUCGCUUACGGUUCGGAUCCCCCUUCACUAUGUCCCUUCAUCAAGCUAACAUAAACAGGCGAUUUACCCAACUGCAAUGGAGCAACUCAGUCAGUAGGGUGUUAUUCUUCUGUUCAUCGGUUCUGUAUCAGCAUAGAUAAGACUGGCUUUGGAAUGGUUCAGGAGCUUGGAUCUGGUGUUGUUGGACUGGCAUGUGUUCCGUACUCUUGGUAUGGCCUACUUGAUACUUCGGUUCUUCGUGCACAACAUGCAGGCUGUACUUCACCAUCCCAGGGCCAGGAACCCGCUUGCAUUGCUGCAAUCCAUCGGUAUUGUACCGCAAAUAACCUUGGCCAGGGGGGAGCUAUCACAGAGGUAAGGACCUUUGAGGUUGAAGCUGCUUGUAUUCGGGCGGCGACAUACAGAACCGCGAAGGUUGCCGGGGUGUGA